AGCUCGUCGUUGUCUGAGAAGAUGUCUGGUCGCGGGAAAGGUGGCAAGGGGCUGGGGAAGGGAGGCGCCAAGCGGCACCGCAAAGUCCUCCGGGAUAACAUCCAGGGCAUCACGAAGCCCGCCAUCCGCCGGCUCGCCCGCCGAGGUGGCGUCAAGCGCAUUUCUGGGCUCAUCUAUGAGGAGACCCGGGGAGUCUUGAAAGUCUUCCUGGAGAACGUGAUCCGCGAUGCGGUGACUUACACCGAGCACGCCAAGCGCAAGACGGUCACCGCCAUGGACGUGGUGUACGCGCUGAAACGCCAGGGCCGCACCUUGUACGGCUUCGGCGGCUGAGCA